AUGGCGACCCUUCAGACAGUUCAGACACAAUUCGCUUCUGUUGACGUAGUGAACGUUGCGUACCGGCGCCUCGGAAAGCAGAACACCUUUCCGUUACUAUACGUCAACCAUCUUCGAGGGUCAAUAGAUCUACUCGAUCCUCUCCUCUUCAAUAUCAUUGCCAAAAUUCGAGAGGUCAUUCUAUAUGACAGUUUCGGUAUCGGCCACAGCGAAGGUGCCGUACCAGAUUCUACUACAGCUAUGGCCUCCAUUGCCGCCAAACUCCUCGCUGCCAUUGGAGUCUCCAAGGUAGAUGCCAUUGGCUUCUCAAUGGGUGGAAGGGCUGCGCAGAUCCUGGCCUGGGAUGACCCGCAGCUGAUCCACAAGUUGUCUUGCCUUCACGCGAUGUGCUCGAGAGCGUCGCUGGGAAGGAUUCAUGAACGACAAAUGGAUGGAGAAGAGCGCAAGGAAUUCCUUGUUGGACAGGGGGCUAGGGCACAGCUGACGGCUAUUUUCGCUUUCACUGUGGACGUUAACAAGUUCAACCUCCUUAAAGAUAUCAAGGCUCCAACGUUGGUGACGAAUGGUCACACCGACGUUAUGUCGCCCACUCCCAACAGUUUUAGUCUACAACAAAAGAUCAGCAAUGCGCAGCUUAUUUUCUACCCUGACUUGGGACAUGGCCACUUGUUCCAGUACCCUGAGCUCUACGCACAGCACCUCGAGCUCUUCUUAAACUAUCUAUAG